CGAUUUUACUCAAUCCACCUCUACUUAUACUCACAUGAACUCACCAAAGCAAAACAAUCACUGGCUACAUACAAAUUACAAAUCCAUAUAUACAAUACAAGUAAGCUCAACAACAAGAAAUCAUGAAGUUCUCUGCAAAAACAAUGAAGAUUGCUCUGUUUCUUCUUCUUCUAAUAACCGUCCAAACAAUUGCCAGACCGUUCACCGACGAAACCGAUAAAAUCCAAACAGUUCCAUAUCCUCCUUCAAAACAUACUCCUCCAGGUUAUCAUGGUCAUUCACCACCAGGAAAAGGCCCAACAGUUCCAUCUUCUCCUGCAAAAGAUCCUCCUCCUCCAGGACAUGGUCAUCAUCCACCAAGCCAAGCCGCUAACGACAAGAACACCAUGUUUAUGCCUGAAGACAUUUUUUUCUGAUGAGAUCACUAUGUUGUCUUCCCAUAAACCAGAGUCAUAAGCUAGAAAGAUCAGUAGAUGUUUCACUAUGAUUUACCAUUUGUAUUUAUUUUCUGUUUAACAAGAAAUAAAUAAUAACAACUCUACAAUGAUAGAUUUCUGAUAUAAUUUAUAUAUGAUGCUAUGC